AUGGCAAACGGCUGGAGUCUCCUCGUUGGCUUAAUUGUCAUCAUAGUAGCUUCCCUGGCUGCUUGGUUUCUGAGCCCGAAGGGCGAGAAUCAAACCGUCACCCGUAACACUCUCAUUCUCACUUUCAUCGCUUGUUACUUAAUGUGGGGUACGUUAUCAUCUUCCGACCCUAUAGCCAUCGCUCUCCUUCCUGGAGAUCCGGUGGAGAGCCUAGAAUCUAUUGUCUUCCUUGCACAGCUGCACCCCCUCAUCGUUCCAAAGAGGGCAGAUAUUCGACCGGACCGAGUCCCGAGAUAA